AGUUGCGUUGCUGCAGCGGCAGUGAGCGGGCGGGCUAGGAGUAACUCUCUCUUCCCUUCCUCCUCUCCCCUACCUGUCUACUUCCCCGCCUCCCUCCCUCCCUCCGCACCAGCCAGCACCACCACCACCUGUUUUGUGUGUGUUUGCCCUUGUCGCGGUGUUACAGUGUUGGCGGGAUGGUGGUGUUGUCAUCGUCAUCACCACUGCUCACCUGCGUCAUCAUGAGUGGAGGAAAGGUGUGCCCUGAGAGAGAGAGAGAGAGAGAGAGAGAGAGAGAGAGAGAGAGAGAGAGAGAGAGAGAGAUGGCAGGGGCUUAUGACGUAAUUUCUUGGCAAAGGACACGAACGGGUGAGACGUGGCGCUGGACUGUUACCAUUGCCUCCUACUCCUCCUCCUCCUCCUCCUGAUACUAAUCCUCCCUAAUCCUGACCUGAUCCCUAUUCAUACCUGUUCUUCCUUACUACUCAUCCUCGUCCUCGUUAUUCAAUCCCCUUCAACCUCUCUCUUCCUUUUUCUAUUUCCAUUCUUCCGUAUUUUUAUUUGUGGUUAUUUUUUUCUGUUUUCGUUCCUCGCUGUUGAAGUUACUAUUUAUUUCGUCUUCGUCCUCAUCGCUUUCGUCGUCGCCAUGGACAACUCUCGCGUCUGCACUGCGAGAGCGAGUCCUUCAAGAUGGACCUCAUUCUUGAUAUCAACUCCAUGAUAUACCCGAUGGACUUUGGAGACAAGUUCCGCCUGGUGCUGGCCACGACGCUGCGGGAGGAUGGCUACCCGACGGAUGGCCCCGAGUACAACCCUCUGGACACGGGGCCGAGUCGAGCCGAUCCGUUUGACUACGUGAUGUACGGCAAGAUAUACCGUAUAGAGGGCGACGACGGGCUGCUGGAGACCUCGGGCAGACUGUCAGCCUACGUGUCCUACGGAGGGCUGCUGAUGCGGCUGCAGGGCGACGCCAACAACCUGCACGGCUUUGAGGUGGACAAGCACAUCUACCUCCUCAUGAAGAAACUGGCCUACUAAACCUGGGAGGCCACUCAGGGGACCCAUGGCAGGAGGGGGAGGAGGAGGAGGAGGAGGAGGGAGAGAGUGGGAAGAGGAGUAGGAGGGACAGGAGAGUGGUGGUGUGAGGAAAGAGAGAAGGAGCGGUGGAGGAGGGAAGUGGUGGUUUUGCAAGUCCUGCUGAUGGGUCAUUACAAUUUUAUAUGGUCAGUAAGUUUUUUUAUUUCCAUUUUUUAAGGUGACAAAGUCAUUGUGACAUGAUUAUGUAGUUUCUUCCUUUGUAAUAAAAAUAAUAAAGUUUCAAACUGAAA